GACAGAGACAGAGAGAGAGACAGAGAGAGAGGGAAGGGUGGGGGGACUUUGUAGAGAGAGGUGUGUAAUGUUUCAACGGCUAAAGUAAAAAAAAUCCCCAAAGAACACAGGAGGACACGGACAGACCCCGAGUCCCAAGUGUCGCAGUGAAAUGGAGCCCCCCAGCAUCGACAAACUGUCCAUCCUGUACCAGAGUGCUGACUUCCUGGUGCUCAACAAGCACUGGGACAUCCGCAUUGACAGUAAGAUGUGGUACGAACAGCUGACUGUCCAGGGUCAACUGAAGCACCAGUUCCCAGAGCUGGCAGACCCCGACACUUACUACGGUUUUAGGUUCUGUCACCAGCUGGACUUCUCCACCAGUGGGGCGCUGUGUGUGGCCUUCAGCAAAGCAGCUGCUGCCAAGGCCUAUGCGUGCUUCAAGGAUCGUCUGGUGACCAAGGCUUACCUGGCUGUGGUCCGAGGUCACGUCUCGGUGGAUAAAGUCACUAUCAACUGCGCGAUUGGUAAAAACACCACGGAAGGGUUGACCCACAUGAUGUGCACGGAAGGAACCCAGGGUUGUCAAAAUCCCAAACCAUCUCAGACUGAGCUGAUUGUUCUGCAAAGAGGCUUGUACAGUGGAGACCCAGUCACUAAAGUACUGCUGCAGCCUUUAACAGGCCGCACACACCAGCUGAGGGUGCACUGCAGCUCACUGGGACACCCCAUAGUGGGCGAUUUCACCUACAGCUUCAAGACCGACAGUGAGCCGUACCGGAUGAUGCUUCACGCCUACUACCUCCAGAUCCCCAUCGAGGGGCAGCCCAUCGAGGUGACCGCCUCAGACCCCUUCACGCCCGCCAUCGACAGCAAGUGGGAGCCAAGGCAGAGUGUGAACAGCCUCGCCCUGAUUAUCGAGGGGCUGAGAGCCAGGUCUUUGAGGGCCGUCACCUCCGGCUCCCCAGCCCCCCCGAGCCAGGGUCCUGCUCAACCGAGUGAAGAGACUGAGGAACAGAGGGAGAUGUGCGUGGAGUGGUUAAACGAAUGGGCGGUGAGCUAACAUCACUGAGCCCGGGUCUAAAGACCCAAGUUCAGUGAUCUAUUUAUUUCCCUCCCCACACCCCACCCCUUCCUCCCUCCCUCCCAGCUCAGAAAGCAUUUUGUCUACGUAACUGCGUCAUGAGGUGACGCCUGGAGGCCGGAGCCCAGAGACAUAACUUUGUGUCGGACCCGGCAGCAGCUUCAGCACAUCACAGUGCCCGGCAACUGAGAUAUCAAUGGUCAAUGUCCACAGAGCAAUUCUCUCUCCUCUCUCUUUUCCUCCCUCCCCUGACCACACGUGUACACACAUGUACACUGCGCUCUCUCGCACACACUGACUAAAACACAUACACGCUCUGGUGGUCACCAUUAUUCUUGAAUAGGAAUGAACGUGGUGGAGGGACAGAGUUUUUAAUGGAAACAUUGCUUUAAAAACAUUCUUAAAAGGCAGGAAUGCGAUUUCCACCCCCCCCC